CGACCUCACACCCAGAUUUGUCCAUGUUUGGCGUGACGGUGUGGAGCUCGUGAAUAAAAAAAAUGAAGCCUACAUGGAAAGAACGUCACUACCCAUUAACAACCUGAAGCUCGGAGACAUUUCAUUAAAACUCUCCAAAGUGAAACUGUCAGAUAGGGGAUCAUACAAAUGCUUCAGUCCUGCACUUAGUGGACAAGCCAGUGUUGAGCUUGUUGUUGGUGUAGUUUCAUCACUUAUCAUCACUGUAAUGGGAAAUAGUGAGGACAGCAGUAAAGUAGUGUUGCAGUGUGAGUCUGCAGGCUGGUAUCCAGAGCCUGAGCUGCUGUGGUUGGACGGUGAGGGAAACCUCCUCUCUGCUGGACCUACAGAGACCCUCAGAGGUCCUGAUGACCUCUAUACUGUCAGCAGCAGAGUGACUGUGGAGAAGAGACACAGCAACAACAUCACCUGCAGAGUCCAACAGAGGAACACCAACCAGAGCAGAGAGACACACAUACAUGUUCCUGUUGUCUUUGUUGUGUGGAAAUAUCGUUCCAAAUGUCAAGACAGAAACACAAGAACUGAUCAGGUCUUCACUGAGGAGAGAACAGAAACACAUCAUCUCACAAAAGAUGUUGACACUGUCGACUUUAAUAUAGAUCAAGAAAACAUCAAUGCUCGGAUUAAAAAAGAAGAGAAAGACAAAACUGAAUUGAUAGUGGUGGUUCAAUUUUUAAUGGCUCAUAAAUAUGAUUUAGACAAUGAUAUUCAUGAACUUAAAAAGACACUGCGUGAUCUACAGAAACAGCAAAAUGAAAAUCAGAGUCGGCUGGUAAAAAAUAAUAAAAAACCGGCAGACCAAGAAAGCCUAAAAUUUGACAAAAUAAAUGAAGAAGAG